AUGUCGUCAUCCAAAGGUCUAAACCUCCCUGGAGCUUUGGAAGAUGAGCAUGAGCUGGACAACUUUGAAGAUCUUGCGUCCUCUCAGCCAAUCCCCUUGUCCCAACUAUGCACUAAAUCCAGCUCUAAGAGGGGUGCGAGAGGCCGGAGACUUCUAUCAGAAGUUUCAUCUGGCAGCGAGUCUCGCGAGACCCACCCCACGAGACAGCAGAGAGUCCUGUCACGUUUGUCCGCGUUACAUCAAUCCAGUAUGGGGAGCAGCCGUUUGAAUUUGGACACGGAACCAUUCACGUCCUCUCAGUUGAGCUCACAGGGGUGGGGAAGCGGUGAUGAGAGUCACUACAAACAGAACCCUCUGAGUUACUCGAGGAGCUACAACUCGUCCUAUUCACACAGCACCCCACUGCAUGGGUCGGUCACCGAGGACACCUCUCUCCACCUCUACGGAGCCAACUUCGACCGAACCUACAACCAGUCGCCAUACGAGUCCUUAAGAAUUCGCACGCGUCCUAAGCGACCUGCAACUCAGAUUACCUCCGGUCUGCAACUUUCGGGACCUCCAAUUCCCCCACAACCUGAACCAGUCAUGGAGCGCGUGCCUGUUGUUCGAGAUCUCGAAAAGGAAGAGAAAAGACGCAAGUUUAAAGAAGAGGUGACUGCGCUGCUCAAGAGCGUGGCAAAUGAGAUCGAGAAUCCUAAGCCGGAUGAGAUGCCUAUGAAGCACCAAGACGCGUCCAUGCAGCACCCGGACAAGCCCAGGAAGUACCCAGCUACAACCAUGAAGCAUGAGGAUACAGUCAUGAAACACCAGGAUACAGCCUUUAAGCACCACGGCAUGACCAUGAAGUACAAGGAUACGGCCUUCAAGCACGGCAUGACUAUGAAACACCAGGGUCCAGACUUCAAGCACCCGGAUACAUCUUUGAAGCAUCAGGAUACAGUAUUCAAGCACCACGAUAUGACCCCGAAGCACCUGGAUACAGCCUUCAAGUAUGACGACAUGGUAAUGAAGCAGCACGAUACAGCCGUGAAGCACAACGACAUGGUCAUGAAGUUCCACGACAUGUCCAUGGGGGCCAAGACUCAUCCUAUGCGCAAAUCUCAACCGUGGGAGACCAAAACUCUCGGUGGGAGCAUCGUAUCUAAUCGUGACCAUGAUUUCGCAGCACAGACCGAGAAAGUUCUGAGAACCCCCCCCGGGCUCACUAGACCAAAAGGUCAACUCCAGCAGAGAGAGGAAGAUGCUGAAGCCUGGUUCCAUAGAGAUAGCCGAGGGGAGGAUCACCUUCGUCAACAGAUUGCAGGUAUUGCUGGCAAUUGCCCCAGCACGAAGGAAGAGCAGACCACUCAACUCCUGGGCGAUAUUAUCCUGAACCUCUACGGCUACGUCUCCAAGGAUGGCUCUAAGAAGGCUGGGAAUUUUAAUAAUUUCGGGGAUGCGCCACCUUCCUGCUACUCGCCCAAGAAGGAUAACAAGCCUCGCAGUUAUUUCGACUGGUGA